GCCCGGGCGGGGGCGCCCUGCAUGCUGGGAGUCGUAGUCCCGCCUCGCAGCGCCCCCAAAACGGAAGGGCAGAGUAGCCUAGCGAGCCCCUCUGACGGUUGGAUGUCAGGUGCCUUCGUUCUGCUGCUUGCUUUUGUUCUGCCGGGCAGAUCAGACAGCGAGCGCGGCUUGAUUUGACUGUGCCACCGGUCCUUUUGGCUUUCAAUAAAGUUUACGUCUUCCUCUCCUUGUACGGAGCUCAAGAUGGCGGCCUCCUGGUCGCCCUUGGUUACCCUGCGCUCCCUAGCGCGGAGCCGGCUGACAGAGAGAGGUUUUGGGUGCGGGGCCUGGGCCGCCGCUCUCGCUCCUCUGGCCACCGCCCCUGGGAAGCCCCUUUGGAAAGCUUAUACAGUUCAGACGUCUGAGAAUAUAACUCCAACUGCUGCCUCAGAGGCUUCUUUGAAAGCUUUCGCUGUUUGCCAUGGACCUCUGGACCACUAUGACUUUCUGAUCAAAGCUCAUGAGCUAAAGGAUGAUGAACAUCAAAGAAGAGUCAUACAAUGUUUGCAGAAACUACAUGAGGACCUUAAAGGAUACACCACAGAGGCAGAAGGCCUUUUUUCAAAGCUAUUUUCAAGGAGCAAACCUCCAAAGGGCCUGUAUGUUUAUGGAGAUGUUGGUACAGGGAAAACAAUGGUGAUGGACAUGUUUUAUGCUUAUGUGGAAAUGAAGAAGAAGAAGCGGGUUCAUUUUCAUGGUUUUAUGCUGGAUGUACACAAAAGAAUACAUCGUCUUAAACAAAGUUUGCCAAAAAGGAAACCCGGAUUUAUGGCUAAAUCAUAUGACCCAAUAGCUCCUAUAGCUGAAGAAAUCAGCGAAGAAGCAUGUCUCUUAUGUUUCGAUGAAUUUCAGGUCACUGACAUUGCUGACGCCAUGAUUCUCAAACAGCUUUUUGAAAAUCUGUUCAAAAACGGGGUCGUCGUUGUGGCAACAUCCAACAGGCCACCGGAAGAUCUUUAUAAAAAUGGACUACAAAGAGCUAAUUUUGUACCAUUUAUAGCUGUCCUAAAGGAAUAUUGUAAUACAGUCCAGCUAGAUUCUGGGAUAGAUUACCGGAAAAGAGAUCUCCCUGCUGCAGGAAAACUCUACUACCUCACAAGUGAAGCUGAUGUGGAGGCUGUCAUGGAUAAGUUGUUUGAUGAGCUGGCUCAGAAACAAAAUGAUUUAACUAGACCAAGGAUUCUAAAAGUGCAAGGCAGAGAGCUGCGGCUGAAUAAAGCCUGUGGAACCGUUGCCGACUGCACAUUUGAAGAGCUGUGUGAGAGACCACUUGGAGCCAGUGACUAUUUGGAACUAUCAAAGAAUUUCGAUACAAUAUUUUUACGAAACAUUCCACAAUUUACAUUGGCAAAGAGGACUCAAGCUCGAAGAUUCAUAACUCUCAUCGAUAACUUUUAUGAUUUCAAGGUGCGCAUAAUUUGCUCUGCGUCAACUCCUAUAUCAAGCUUAUUUUUGCAUGAACAUCAUGACAGUGAGUUGGAGCAAAGCAGAAUACUGAUGGAUGAUUUGGGGCUGAGCCAGGGCUCAGCGGAAGACCUUGCCAUGUUUACCGGAGAAGAGGAAAUCUUUGCGUUUCAGCGCACAGUCUCCCGACUCACAGAAAUGCAGACUGAGCAGUACUGGAAUGAAGGGGACAGAAACAAGCAGUAACUGUCACUUUCACAUGAAUAAAACUCUAGACAAAUGGUUCCUUAAUGCAAGGAGAACUUUUAUUAUGGGACUUGAAAGAAUCAUUUUCUCAUCAUUAGGCACUUUGUCCUCUGGACCAUUUGAUAUAAAAUUGCUGCCGAAGAUGUCAUGGAUAUUGGGGAUUAGUAAGUUAAAGACUUAACCAUUUUUGUGGUCUACUUUUGCCUGUUUGUCUGGCCUUAUU